ACGGUGCAGGCUGUAUUUCAUCCUCUUACAGUCCGACUGCGCUCUGUCACCAUGGCAUGCAGUGGAAACUAGUUCCCCAGGGGGGACGAUUCAUUUGCAAAAAGUGCACGGGGAAGUUUUGUACCUGUUUUUUCCGUUUGCUCAGUCAUGUGAAGUUAUCUAAAGUUAGGAGGAAAGCGCGGAGAAGCUGCACACGUGAAGGCAAAUAUCGCUGCAGUUGACUUCAGAAACACACAAGUGAGCUGUCACCGCAACAUCUCUGCAAGAGCAUGGCACCGGCCCGGCUCCGGUCUCACCUGCCCUGCAUCAUCGUCCCAGGCCCCGCCACACACCAGCGCGCUCCCAGCAAAGCUUGCUGAACAGGACUGCUGCGGGGAGCCAUGCUGUCUGGUACGUGGCGUCGCUCCGUGGGGCAGUCCACCCCGGCCCCCGUGGCAAACAGCGCUGGGAUGACGGUGUGCGGGGUUCCCAGCGGUACGGUGGUCCUGGAGGCCCAGUACGACUACAACUAUCGUGGGGCAGAUGGACGACAAGUAUGCAUAAGGGAGGGCGAACGGUUUAUUCUGCUGAAGAAAACAAAUACUGACUGGUGGCAGGUGCGGAGGAUUGGGGCGGCCAGUAAAACAAAGCCGUUGUACGUCCCUGCCACGUAUGUGACCGAGGUGCCGAUCGCUCCGAUCCCCUCCCCCCAGCGCCUGGUCAUGUCUGCCUCCAUUAACCCCAACAUGAGGAUACUGCCCCAGGUGUCACUCCCUCCCAGCCCCGCAGGAACUACCUGUGAUCCACACCAAGUGAAUAAACCGAUCUAUCGCUCCAUGGAAAACCUCAACUCCAACAGUGCCUUCCAGGGAUUUGAAAAGAGCGCCAGCAUGGGUGGAGGCCGUUUCCGCACCCUUCCUCUCUCUGGAUUCACUUUUACCCCCAACUCUCCUACCUCUCCAUCCGGCCACCUCAUGGUCCCUGAGUCCCAGGCUGCCUCCACGGUUUCAACAGGACAUCAACAUAACCCCAGGGUAGUCCCCACCAUAACCCGGAGCCAGAGCUCCAGCAACCUGCCUGAGAAUGUGAUGGAGAACCCUUACGAUGAGGUGGGGGGCAGCCUUGGUAGUCGCAUCAACUACAGGAUGCCCAAGAAGUCCUGCAGCCAGUGGGACAUGGUGGGGACUUCAGGCAAGAACAACCAUCUGCAGGUCCCGACAGAGGCCUACCUGUCCCAGCUGUCCUGGCACGAAUCCCCUCUUUAUACGGGAACGCAGCAGGAGCGGCGCCAGUCCCAGCUGGAGCCGCCCAGCCCUGCUCCAGGUCAGCAGCCUACCCAGGUCCUGAACCUGUGGGAGCAGUACUCCGACCCCGACACGGGGAGAUGCUAUUAUGUCAAUAGCAUUACGAGGGAGAAGUCCUGGAAACCACCGCGCAGGUCUCGCUCACAAACUGCCAACACGGCCAGUCCAGUAAAACCUCAAAAGUUAUCCCGGGACAUCAGCCACCUGUCACUUCCGCUUACUCAACCUGGCAAUGGAACCAUGCGCAAGCUGUCACCUGAUUUUCUCUUCGGGAGCCAUCAGAGGAACAGUGACGGCGGCUGGCAGAUGAAGCAGAACAUGCAGCGUGCCGCCUCCUCUGAGACCCUGAGCACGGCGGCGUUCACUAAUACCGAAAUCCAGUGCCAUAACUCUGCAGCCCUGCGUGAUGUCGGGCAGCAGCUCAGUCACUCCCAGUCUAUGAGCCUGUCUGAGAACGGCAAGCUGACCCCACAGUGCAGAGAUUACUCCAGCAGUGUGACCAAUAUUGUUGUGGAGCCUCCAUCUCCUGAGAGCUCUCCAGACAGCGAUGGCUGCACGCCGGAGCUGGAGAAAGCCGGCCUCUUGAACAAGACAAAGAUUGCAGAAGGAGGAAGAAAGCUGAGAAAAAAUUGGAGCCAUUCCUGGGUGGUUUUAGUUGGAAACAGCCUGGUUUUCUUCAAGGAUCCUAAAUCACAGACACCUUCUAGCUGGAAACCAGGGAAUAGUCGUCCAGAAAGCAGCGUGGAUUUAAGAGGAGCGCAGCUAAACUGGGCCAACGAUCUGUCCAGCAAGAAAAAUGUCUUCAAGCUGAGGACGGUGACGGGGAACGAGUUCCUGCUGCAGUCUGAGACGGACUCUCUGAUCAGAGAGUGGUACAACACCAUCAGGAAUGUCAUCGAGAGGCUGGAGUGCACACUGUACAAACGUUGCAUUCCUCUACGGGGGAGAAAUAAAGCCCCGCACAAACCCCACACUUCCAAUCGCAUCUCCUCACCUGGAACACCUGACUCUAGAGAGAGAGUGUUGGAGCGUUCGGACUCCAACAGAAUGACCACCCAGAACAUCGGUAUCGUGUUCGGGCCGACGCUACUGCGCCCGGAGCGGGACAACGGCAACAUGGCGGUGAAUAUGGUUUACCAGAACCAGGCAGUGGAGCUCAUCCUCAGCGAGUUUGACCACAUCUUCGGAACGAGAGGCUUCUCUUGA